UUCGGGAGCUUUUCUUCACCAAUUAUUGUAUUUCAUGGCUGUUUCUAUACAAGUAACACUUUAUUGUUGGAUCGGAAAUGAAAUAACAUUGACGGGAGCAACUGUCCCUUUGGCAAUUUAUAAAUCAGAUUGGAUCACUGCUACUUCAAGUUUUCGUAAAGGAAUGUUAAUAAAUAUGACCCGUAUGCAAAGAAAUUUAUGCAUAACAAUCGGAAAAUUUUCACCUUUAACUCUUGCUACCUUAGUUGCUAUAUUUAGAGGUUCAUACUCUUAUUUCGCACUGUUACAGAGCCAAAAAAUGAGGGAAUAA